AUGAGUCAGGAACUCAGUGGGCGGAGCAGCACCACCAACACCAUUGAUGAUCAUCAGAAAACGGUUUCUGUUUCCUCUUCCGCCGCUGCGGGCGAUGACUCGGCGUCGGCUUCGGCGGCCUCGUCGCCGACGAGCAGGGUGAAGUUUCUUUGCAGCCAUGGUGGGAAGAUUCUGCUGAGGCCUCCCGACGGUCACCUGAAAUACGUCGGCGGCGAGACUCGUGUCAUCGCUGUGCCGCGCGAUAUCCGCUUCUCAGACCUGAUGAAGAAGCUCAAAGCAGAAUUUGAGAGCGACGUGGUGCUCAAGUACCAGGUCGUGCCAGAAGAUCUCGACAUACUGGUCUCUGUACGAACAGACGAAGAUCUAAAGCACAUGCUAGAGGAAUACUACCGCCACGAGAGCGAAGGAAUAACAAAGUUCCGAGCUUUCUUGUUCCCAUCCAACCCAAGCCUCCUCGAGUCGCCAACACCCAUCUCUUCGGACCCACAUGCAGCUGAGCAACGCUACAUCGACGCAGUCAAUGGCACCACAUAUCAACGAUCGGGACUCCACAAUUCACGACAGCCAUCGACCCUUGGCCGGCCUACAUUCAGCAUAUCCGCUUGCAACUCUCCCAACUGCGGGUCUCCAGAGAGCAACCGCAGCGAUACAGUGUCUCCUGAACCUGGAAACUUCACGAUGAACGGCAACAACCCACUCAGCAGCAGCAAACAUUCAAUGUCCAGAGUCCGCAGCUCUCCUAGUCUCUGCAGUUUGAACAACUACCAACAACAACAGCACAGCAACAGCAGCAGCAACCUGGGGAGCAAUCAUCACCAGAUACACUGGCCUCAUCCACACUACUACCACCAACAGCACCAACUCCACCAUCCCCACAGCUACCAACAGCAGCACUCGAAGCCUCCGUCGCAUGAUCCUCACAGGCUGUCCCCGGGGUUGACAUUCAGUGGCCGGCACGAAAUGGGGAGAGGCCCUUCUUCAUCUUCUGCUAUCAAUGGUCAUCAUCAAUACUAUUCGAGCAGCAGGCAUAACAACAACCUGGGAAUGGGAGUUGCUGGUAACAAGUAUGGGUACCAGGAUGAGCAUAAUGGUUAUUCGCCUGCGUAUAAUAGGAACUUCGAUAGAAUGGAUAGUCUUCGUUCGAGUAGCAGAAUGGGAGUCGACAGAGGUGAUAUGAGCUAG